CAACCAAGCCUUCUCCCACACGACCUACUCUUUACAUCCAUCUACUUCGCCAGCCAUCCUCUGCAUCUUCAUAUCCACCAUUCCUUCUCAGUUCUGUCCCUCCGCCGAUGGUCGACUCAGCUGACGAACCUCCGCUGUUGAAAACUCGUCUCUACUCAUGGGCUAAGAUCAGCACUCUCCUAUCCUUUUCCUUCCGCCGGAAACCGGCCUCGCACGAAAAAUCAAUCUUACCAAUCACCGCCUCGACCUCUGAUCACCAAUCCACACCCACUGACCAUGUAUGCAACGAUCCCUCAGCAGCUGGUAGUGCAGAUCAAGGAUCUCAUGCCAUCCCAAAGGAUAAAGGGCAACAUCCUCCACCUCCUGUGGACCAGAAAAGAGAUGGAACGGAACCUUCCGCCUUAGAGACUACCGACAUUGAGGUCAGCAAACAAUCCUUACUUCGUCGAUUCACUCGCGAUGUCAAGCGGAUCAUCUUCUCCAGUUGGAUCAACUGGCUGCUUGUCUUUGUACCAGUUGCCAUUAUCCUCGGCGCUUUGGUCGACUGGGGCCAUCAUGACUUGGUCAGUCCAAACGUCAUCUUUGCCUUGAACGCAGUCGCCAUCAUCCCCCUCGCCUCUUUGCUUUCAUAUGCCACUGAAAGUGUCGCCAUCAGACUCGGCGAUACUAUCGGCGCUCUGAUGAAUGUCACCUUUGGCAACGCCGUCGAGCUCAUCAUCUUCAUUAUCGCUCUCAAUGCUGGCGAAGUCCGUGUCGUUCAGGCCGCCGCUCUGGGUUCCAUCUUGUCCAACCUGCUCCUCAUCCUCGGCAUGUGUUUUGUCGUCGGAGGCCUCCGCUUUCGAGAGCAGUUAUACAAUUCCACCGUUUCCCAGAUGAGUGCUUGUCUCUUGUGUCUCAGUGUUAUCAGCCUCCUCCUCCCCACCGCCUUUCAUGCGUCCUUCUCAAACAUGAACGCUGCCGAUGACAGUGUCCUCAAGGUCUCGAGGGGGACAAGUGUAGUCCUGCUCCUGGUAUACCUUCUAUAUCUUCUCUUCCAGCUCAAGUCACACGCCUUUAUGUAUCAGAGUACUCCGCAACACCUCAUUGACGAAGAAUCCCACCCUGGCGUCCUCGCCGACAUUCUCAACGCUUCAAGCACUUCCAGCGAUACCUCCAGCUCUAGUUCUUCCGAUACCGACUCAAGCUCCGGCUCACAAACCACCGCCAAACGCUUCAGACGUGCUCUCCGAAGAAAGCGCCGCAAGUCGACUUCUAGCACAAAGGACAAUAUCUCUAUCCCCGCCAUCACAACAAGCUCAUCCAAUUUGACCGUCUCUGGCGGACUGCUCCCUCAAAAUGCCACUUCUGGUCCCUCCGCACCUGAUACCGUCCUCAGUGGCGACGAGGCUGACGUUGACGUUCAACGUCAACUUGGCCGUCGUCACUCGCGAGCGAACACUGUUUAUUCCCGAGAUUUUGAGAGCCAACCUCAGUCGGACCACGUAUCUACAAAAUCCAAGAAAUCGCGUAAGAAACACAGAAAAUUCAAUCGAGCCAAAAAGGAAAAGGACAAAGACAAUAAACCGGCAGGUGUAGUGGAAGAUGCUCCGGUUGUGGAAUCACGGCCAGGGACUGAUACUGAUACCUUCCUUAAUCCCACGCAUCUCCAGGUCCCUCAUGUCAUCUUCGCCCCUGAUCUCGAAGCCGCAAAUGAUGACUCGACCAAGCACCCCUUUAAUAUUCGCAACUUAUCUGAGGCAGUGCGUCCGGCAUUCAACUCAACAAACUUUCCACAUCACCAAGCAAUGGCACGUCCUCUUGCCAUCCCCAUCAGGCCACCUUCUCGGGCCCCUUCUAGCCCAAGGCCAGUGCGCCGGACUUCAUCCAUGCCUGAUAUCCUCCACAGAACCAGCUCUAGCACUCGAAUCUUCAACAUCCCACCUCCUUCACGCCCCUUGACCCCAGUAAUGGACCCGGAGGCAGAGGUCGAGGCCCAAGGCGUGGUCGAGCAGCCAAACCUGUCUCGUACCUCGGCCAUUGUCAUGCUCUUGGCUUCGACGGCCAUGGUGGCAUUAUGUGCCGAGUUUCUUGUCGGCAGUAUCGAUCAUCUGGUGGCCAGUACCGAUGUGUCGCAGGCCUUCAUUGGUCUCAUUAUCCUUCCUGUCGUGGGCAACGCCGCAGAACAUGUGACGGCCGUCACCGUGGCCGCCAAGAACAAGAUGGAUCUCGCCAUCAACAUUGCCUUGGGCAGUAGCAUCCAAAUCGCCUUGUUUGUCACGCCCUUUAUGGUCAUCCUUGGUUGGAUCUUAAAAACCGAGAUGAGCCUGUACUUCAGUCUGUUUGAGACUGUCAGCCUCUUUGCCAGCGCCUUCAUCGUCAGCUUCUUGAUGAUAGACGGGCGCAGUAACUACCUUGAAGGCGCCUUGUUGAUUGCAGCAUACGUCAUUAUCGCUGUCGCUGCGUUUUACUAUCCCAAAUGCGACCUCAGCGACGCCAGUGGGCCUGUGGAUGCGUCGCUUGCGAGCUGCUGAUGAUCGGUCUUUUUUCUUGCAUGACUACGUAGUUGGCGUCCAGGUUGCAGGCCUGUCUCACGUACGCUCUCUUCUUUCUUUUUCUUUCCUCUCAGGCCGUGGUUUUGCAUGCACCACAUGCAUGUACCAGCUCAGCGUUGGCCAAUGGACCUUCUUUUCUCAACAAUGUAUCACUUGGUCCCACGAUUACGAAACUCGUGCUUCAUGCGGCUGAAGCAGGACUGUCACAAGUCUCGACAUGAGAAAAUAAUGUUUCACUAUCGAGCAUCUGAUCUUUCCAAGUCGCCGAAUUAGCUACAUUCUCUAGGUCAAAAUGCAAGUGUCAUCUUUCUAA